CUUCACUUUAAAGUUGAAAGAGAAAUCUCUCUCAUCUCCUUAAGAGGAUUUUAUAGUUUUUAUAACUGCCAUUGUGUUCGUUGGUCAGUCCUCUGCAUUUCGCCAGAACAGCCCGCCAAAGACCCUGCAUAAACAAAUUCACCCCACCAAACCUUCAACCCCUUUCACUCUCGACUUGCAAGACUCAAGUCACACACCAACAUGUCCGACAUUCACCGCGCCAGCACCACCGCCCCGGUCAACAUCGCCGUAAUAAAGUACUGGGGAAAGCGCGACCCCAAGCUCAAUCUCCCCACAAACUCGUCCCUCAGCGUCACCCUCGCUCAGUCCGACCUCCGCACCCACACGACGGCCUCCUGCUCGUCCAGCUACCCCUCCGAGGACACUCUGCUCCUCAACGGCCAACCGCAAGAUGUCUCCGGUGCCCGAACGCAGGCAUGCUUCCGCGAGCUCAGGGCGCUGAGGAAGCAAGAGGAAGCCAAGGACGCGAGCUUGCCGAAGCUCGCAGAUCUACCACUACGCAUUGUCUCUGAGAACAACUUCCCCACCGCCGCUGGUCUCGCAAGUUCAGCAGCUGGGCUUGCCGCUCUCGUACGCGCAAUUGCCAACCUCUACGAGCUCCCCUCUUCGCCCACCGACCUCUCCCGUAUCGCCCGUCAAGGCUCUGGCUCAGCAUGCCGCUCGCUCUUUGGCGGAUACGUAGGCUGGGAACAAGGAUCUGCCAGCGAUGGAAGUGACAGCGUAGCGUUCGAAGUCGCCCCGGCAUCGCACUGGCCAAACAUGCGUGCCGUCAUCCUGGUUGUGAGUGCCGCAAAGAAGGGCGUGAGCAGUACGACGGGCAUGCAGACUACCGUGGCUACAUCAACUUUGUUCCAGAGCAGGGCAAACGAGGUUGUGCCAAAACGCAUGAAGGAGAUGCAGCAGGCGAUUCAGAACAAGGACUUUGAAUCUUUCGGCAAAAUCACCAUGAUGGACAGCAACUCUUUCCACGCCACUUGUCUCGACACGUACCCACCCAUUUUCUACCUCAACGACGUUUCGCGCGCUGCUAUAAAGAUUGUCGAAUCUAUCAACGCUGCGGCUGGCAAGAUCAUCGCAGCGUACACGUUCGAUGCGGGCCCAAAUGCCGUAGUUUACUAUCUCGAGGAGAACGAGAAGGACGUUGCUGGGUUGUUCAAGAUCAUCUUGAACGAGAAGGAUGGCUGGCAAGGGGAGAGGGGCAGUGCUGUCAAAGCCAACGCCGAGGCGCUGGAGAAGGUCAAGGGCGAGGCGGGCCCGGCUAUUGCGUUGCUCGAGGAGGGUGUUAGUAGGGUCAUCUUGACUGGUGUUGGCGAGGGGCCUGUGCGGACGAACGAGAGCCUUGUCGAUGAGAAGGGCGAGCCUGUCACUACUGCGUAGAGUGGAAUGGGUAUUGGAGAUUACUUUGGAGUCGAUACCCGUAGCUAAAGCUGAUUCAGCCUCUAGACACCUUUAUAUAGGAAGUGAAAAUGGUUCUAGGACGAGUCUACCCAUCAUAUGUUGAGUCCCGUGGAGGCACUAUCUUGAAAAUCAUAGCCCGCAAUCAAGUGUAGGGAGAUCAAGUCUCUUCCUCACUACCUAGCCAGUCUUUAUCCUCUUUGCCUUUUUAUCCCCUUCUAUACAAACCAUUUCGUUCCUCGUUACUAUCCAUCCAUUAAGUUGGACAUGUCGAUGCACGUACUGAAUGCGGAUUGAAUAAGCGGGAGUUAUGGCGGAAGCAUGGUAG